AUGAUGAGUUUAAACAAUUCACUGGCGGAUUUCACAAACGACAACAUUGAACGUUUUACGUUAAACGGAAUUCACACGUAUGCUAAAGUACUUUCCAUCACCGACGGGGACACAUGCGACAUUGUGUUUUAUCAUACCGAGAUGAGGGAAUUCAUGCGAUUCAAAAGUCGUUUGUUGGGUUACGAUGCAUCCGAGUUAAACAAGUAUCCUUGGACUGCUAAGCUUACACGGGAUUACUUGGCCCACAUUUGUAUGGGCAACGAUCCUCGUGACUUCGACGAAAGCGGAAUAUGGGAAGAAGAUGAUCUGCAAGACCGUCUAAAUGAAAGCAACAACUCAGUAUACGUUUUCCUUGGGGAGUUCGACUCUUUUGGUCGUGUUUUGGCUCUGUUUUAUAAAUCCAUUGACGAGUUUGUCGAUGCCGAUGGCGAGUCGAUCAACGACAUGAUGGCUGAUUACAUAAAUAAAAUGCCAGAUUCAUCUACAUCAUCCGAAUCUUCUAGUGACGAAGAGUGA